CGCCCGGAAAAAGAGCGAAGAAACCCCAUCCCUUUCCCUCAACGCAUAGAUUUUGAAACCUGAGAUUCGCCAUUUCCGUCCCUCUUCUCUUCGAGACGCGUAAGGGCAACCCGCAGGUGCUUUAGACGAUAUACAACUCGGAUCUGUAGAUUUUUGCCAUGUGGGAGGAUAACAAGCUGUUGAAGGAGGCGAAGAAGCUUCCGUGGGAUGAGCGGUUGCUGCACAAGAAUUGGAAGGUGCGGAUUGACUCCAACGCCGACCUGGCUGCGGUGUUUGAUUCAAUCGCCGAUCCUAAGGACCACCGUUUCCGUGAAAUUGGACAUUUGUUUAAGAAGACGGUGUCUGAUUCAAAUGCACCUGUUCAAGAGAAGGCACUUGAUGCGCUAGUUUCUUAUUUAAAAGCAGCUGAUGCCGAUGCCGGAAGGUUAUUGAUGAAUGUAUUUAUCAAUGUUACAGGGAUAACUUAAGUGGCAAUGGAAAUGAUAUUGAAAUGUUCUUGGGUUGACAUGUAUGCGAAAGAAGUGUGCGACGCAAUUGUGGCCAAGUGCCUGACGGGGAGGCCGAAGACCGUAGAGAAGGCACAAACAAUAUUUUUGCUGUGGGUGGAGUUAGAGGCCGUGGAAUCAUUCCUGGAUGCUAUGGAGAAAGCAAUUAAAAAUAAAGUUGCAAAAGCUGUUGUACCUGCGGUAGAUGUCAUGUUUCAGGCCUUAAGAGAAUGUGGCUCAAAGGUUAUCCCACCAAAAAGAAUUUUGAAGAUGCUUCCUGAAUUAUUUGACCAUCAGGAUCAGAAUGUCCGAGCUUGUUCUAAGGGCCUAACAUUGGAACUAUGUCGAUGGGUUGGGAAGGAUCCAGUGAAAUCUAUACUUUUUGAAAAAAUGCGUGAUACAAUGAAAAAAGAACUUGAGGCUGAGCUUGUUAACGUUACCGGGACUGCAAAGCCAACUCGCAAAAUAAGAUCUGCCCAAGACAAGGUGCUAGAACAGGAUGCUAUGCCCACGACAGCUUGCUCUGGCCCUUCUGAAGAAUCUGCUGCUGACACUGCAAAGUGGUCAGAACAAAAGGAUGCUGUUGCAGAGUUAACAAAGCUUGCAUCGACAAAGAGAAUAGCACCUGGAGAUUUUUCUGAAAUUUGCCACACAUUGAAGAAGGUCAUCACUGAUGUGAACAUUGCUGUAGCUGUUGAAGCCAUACAAGCAAUUGGGAAUCUUGCUAGGGGACUAAGAGCCCAUUUUUCAGGAAGAUCACGGCUCCUACUACCUGUUUUACUGUGCCUGAGUGAUGGAACACCAGAGGUUAGAGAUGCUGCAUUUUCAGCUUUGUCAGCUAUCGCUAAGUUGGUUGGCAUGCGACCUUUAGAAAAAUCAAUUGAAAAACUCGAUGAUGUCAGAAGGAAGAAGCUUUCUGAAAUGAUUGCUGGGGCUAGUGAAUCUGAUGUUGCAGUGCCAUCCUCUGGAGCAAUUGUACCUUCCUCCACGGCAGCAGAUGGAUCAUUUGUUAGGAGGUCAGCUACUAGUAUGCUUAAUGGGAAAAAAGCUGUUCAGGCUGCUCCAGAAGAUAUGAGUCUCGAACAAAUCGAGAGCAGAAUAGGUUCCCUUAUACAGCCGGACACAAUUUCCAUGUUGAAGAGUGCAUCAUGGAAAGAGAGGGUUGAAGCUAUCCUGUCGUUUAAAGGGCAGGUUAUGGCACUUCAAGAACUUGACCCAUCAGUAGAGAUUUUGAUUCGAUUUUUAUCUGUUGUCCCUGGAUGGAAUGAAAAGAAUGUGCAGGUCCAGCAGCACAUUAUUGAUGUUAUUUCUCAUAUAUCUUCAACAACAUCAAAGUUCCCUAAAAAGUGUGUUAUACUUUGCCUUCAAGGUAUCUCUGAAAGAGUUGCUGACAUCAAGUCACGUGCUCAAUCCAUGAAAUGCCUCACUACUUUCUGUGAAGCUGUUGGCCCAAGAUUUAUUUUUGAGAGGCUGACUAUGAUCAUGAAAGAGCACAAAAAUCCUAAAGUUCUUAGUGAAGGCUUGCUGUGGAUGGUCACAGCAAUUGAGGAUUUUGGUGUUUCACAUCUGAAACUCAAGGAUGUAAUUGAUUUUUUUAAGGAUGUUGGGUUGCAUUCCAAUGCUGCUGCCACACGAAAUGCGACAAUUAAACUUAUUGGUGUCCUACACAAAUUUGUUGGCCUGGAUAUCAAGGGAUUCUUAUCAGAUCUAAAGCCAGCUCUUCUAAGUGCUCUUGAUGCAGAAUAUGAAAAAAACCCAUUCGAGGGUACAUCCUCUGUACCGAAGAGAACAGUGAAGGCAUCAGAUUCUGUAUGUGUGUCUGGUGGUGGGUUAGAUAGUCUCCCACGUGAUGACAUAAGUGGAAAGAUUACACCUGCUUUGCUUAAGGGUUUAGAAAGCUCAGAUUGGAAGAUUAGGUUGGAAUCGAUUGAAGGUGUAAAUAAAAUUUUAGAAGAGGCCAAAAGCGCAUUCAGCCUACUGGCGCUGGAGAGCUGUUUGGUGCCCUUAGGUGCCGAUUGUAUGACAGCAAUAAGAAUAUUAUCAUGUCAACUCUAUCUACAGUUGGUGUGGUUGCAUCUUCUAUGGGGCCAGCAGUUGAGAAGUCAUGCAAGGUUUUGGGAUGACAAGAACAGAAAGAUCCUAAGACAUUGUGACGUGACAUUUGAUGAGUCUGUCCUGUAUAAGGACAGGGAGCAGAAGGUUCCAGAGACUACGAAGCAAGUGGGAGUUGAGGUUGAGUUGGAGAAAAGUACCCCCAUAAAUGUUGAAGCAGAAACUCAACCAACACCAGAAGCUGAAGAACCUGAGGUGGAGCAAGUGACACCUGAGCAGGUGUUGAGGAGAUCAUCCAGGAUUAGCAGGGUACCAGAUAGGUAUUCACCUUCAUUACACUAUCUGUUGCUAACUGAUGAAGGAGAACCAGAGUCCUUUGAUGAGGCCAUACAGGUGGAGGAUUCAGUCAAGUGGGAGCAAGCCAUGGAUGAUGAGAUGAGCUCCCUUGAGAGGAACAACACUUGGAUUCCUUCUGAACCUGUCGACAUUAAAUAUGUGUUACUUUUAUAUGAGGCUGAGGAAUUCUGCAACCUUGUCUUGAAUGGGUAUCUCCUGGAUCAUGCUUCCAAUGUCCGGAGCCUUUAUCCAUUGCAUCAGAUCUGUUAUCUCACAAACAAGCUUAUGGCUUACAUUAAUAAAAGAGAGAAAAUGGAAUGGAGAGGAAUAGAGAAAGUUUUUCGUGUGAAGAGUUCGAGGCAGGAGUCCCUCAUUUCUUCCCUGGGGAUCGGUUUACAGUCACAUGCUUUGAUAAAUAUUAAGGACUCUAACAAGGAUGAGAGAGAGAGAACUGUAAUUCGCAAAUUUAAGUUUGAGGAGCCACGUCUUGAACAGAUUCAAGAUCUUGAGGCGCUGCCAUCUUCAAGAAAGGAAAUAAUUGAAGUUCUUGACAUACUCUUAAGGUGGUUUGUCUUGAGAUUCUGUGAAUCCAACAACACUGCAUGCAUUUUGAAGGUGCUUGAGUGCCUUCCUGAGCUUUUUGAUAUGCUGAGGAAUGAAGGCUGCACCAUGACAGAAGCUGAAGCAGCCAUUUUUCUUCCAUGCUUAGUUGAAAAGGAUGCUAUGGAGAAAGCAAUUAAAAAUAAAGUUGUAAAAGCUGUUGUACCUGCGGUAGAUGUCAUGUUUCAGGCCUUAAGAGAAUGUGGCUCAAAGGUUAUCCCACCAAAAAGAAUUUUGAAGAUGCUUCCUGAAUUAUUUGACCAUCAGGAUCAGAGUGUCCGAGCUUGUUCUAAGGGCCUAACAUUGGAACUAUGUCGAUGGGUUGGGAAGGAUCCAGUGAAAUCUAUACUUUUUGAAAAAAUGCGUGAUACAAUGAAAAAAGAACUUGAGGCUGAGCUUGUUAACGUUACCGGGACUGCAAAGCCAACUCGCAAAAUAAGAUCUGCCCAAGACAAGGUGCUAGAACAGGAUGCUAUGCCCACGACAGCUUGCUCUGGCCCUUUUGAAGAAUCCGCUGCUGACACCCACAGGAAAUAGAUGAAUAUGAACUUGUUGAUCCUGUUGAUAUUUUAACUCCUCUUGGAAAGUCUGGUAUUUGGGAUGGAGUGAAAGCUGCAAAGUGGUCAGAACGAAAGGAUGCUGUUGCAGAGUUAACAAAGCUUGCAUCGACAAAGAGAAUAGCACCUUGAGAUUUUUCUGAAAUUUGCCACACAUUGAAGAAGGUCAUCACUGAUGUGAACAUUGCUGUAGCUGUUCGAAGCCAUACAAGCAAUUGGGAAUCUUGCUAGGGGACUAAGAGCCCAUUUUUCAUGAAGAUCACGGCUCCUACUACCUGUUUUACUGGCAAGUAUUGGAAUUUUAAUUUUAAAUUUAAUUAAUCAUAUAUCAAAAUGCAUGUUUGGAUGUGUAGUUUUAUGCCUCCACUGCAUUUUUCAUUUCAAAGGAGCGCUGAUCAUGUUUCCUUUACCUUUAAUUUGCAUGAGUUUAGGCUAAGUUUAUUCUUUGUUUUUAUUGUAAUUUGUACCCUUCUUCUGUCACCUUAAGUUAUUGUCUUUCAUUCUUACCUUCUUAUAUUUUGCUUUAAAUUUUUUUAAGUGCUAUUAAUAUGGUCUAAUUCUAUUUCACUCCCAAGCCAGUUAUCCUUGCAUUCUUUUUGUGUUCCAGAGAUGUUUUUUUAAACCUUUUUUUGUUGAGCCAUAUAUAUUUUUAAGGUCACUUUUAAAUACUUUUUGGAGAAGUUUAGAAUUAUUUUUUGAAAAGCCUUAUAAAGAAUAAAAAGGAAAGCCACAAGCAUUUGAUAUUCUCUUCAUUGCUAAAUAAACUUCAUUCUCACUAUUCACAUAGUCAAACUAUGUUGUCUUUCUUUAUAUUUGUGUAAAUCCCUUGUUAUGAUAAAAAAGUUGUCAUUGUUGGUAUUGUAGAGCUUUUGAUGCAGUUUUUAGAUGUAUAAAUAUUUUUCAACUUUACACCAAGACUUAAAUAAAUUGAAUUCAAAAAAAAAGUUCUUUAAAAAUUCUAAACCAAAAUGUAAAGUUUAUUAAAGGAUGGAGGGAGUAUAUUGCUUGGGUUUAUGUGAUGUAGACUUGCAGUUGCGAGAACAUUAUUUGGGUCCUUGACUAUCCUUUAAAUAAAAUGUGUACCACACUAAAUAGCAUUAGUGUGAUUACUUUAUUUUUCUCUUAGAAGUUAAAACUAAUUGACCAAAUUUAAAUUGUAUAUGAUAAUCCAUUCCUAAAUACUGUUCAUGAUUCAAUUCAUGAUUUUUGAUUGAAGCCUUUUGCAAUUUGAUUUAUCUACUCCUUUUGUCCUUGUUAGUUCUUCUCAUACAAUAUCCAUACGGUCAAUAUUUAUUCACUUUGUUGGAUUCUUUUCACUUAUUUCAUAAUAUAGUAUACUAAUAUAGUCAUGUCUCAACCUCUAUCCAUUUUUAUGUUCUUCAUUCACCCACUGUCUACUCCAUCUCUAUCCGUUCUUAAAUUUUUUCUUUCUUCUUCUCAGUCUCUAUUUAUACCCUGCCACUGCGCUCAGUGACAAGGAAGUGGAAAAUCAAAACAAAUAUAGAUUCAAGAU